GAUUGAUGUGUAUCGCGCCUUUCUGAGCGACAGCGUGUGCGUUUGUAGAACAGCUGACCCAAGCUUAGUCAAGUUUCAGUUUUUCUAACACGGUAUCUUGUAUUGGGUGUGUCCAGGCAUGGAUAUGGAUAGUGCCAGCUCGGUGGUGUUACAGGCCCUGACCCAAGCCACCAGUCAGGAUACAGCGUUACUGAAGCCUGCUGAAGAGCAGCUACGACAAUGGGAGACCCAGCCAGGCUUCUAUUCUGUACUGCUGAAUAUCUUCAACAAUCACAUGUUGGAUGUGAAUGUCCGGUGGCUGGCUGUCCUCUACUUCAAAAAUGGCAUCGACAGAUACUGGAGAAGAGUGGCACCACAUGCCCUGUCUGAGGAAGAGAAGACAUCGCUUCGAGCCGGCCUCAUAACAAACUUCAAUGAGCCUGUCAACCAGAUAGCGACCCAGAUAGCGGUGCUGAUAGCCAAGGUUGCCCGUCUGGACUGUCCGCGCCAGUGGCCGGAGCUGAUCCCCAUCUUGCUGGAGUCUGUGAAGGGUCAGGAUGGCCUUCGUCAGCACAGGGCUCUACUUACCUUCUACCAUGUCACCAAGACCCUGGCCUCAAAACGCCUGGCCCAGGACAAGCGCUUGUUUCAGGACCUGGCUUCAGGCAUCUACAGCUUUGCCUGCUCCCUGUGGAGCCACCACACAGAUUGCUUCCUCCAGCAAGUCGUAGCUGGAGAGCAGGCCCAAGCCCUCGGCUCACUGGAGAGGACACUACUUUCACUGAAAGUUCUUCGGAAGCUGACGGUGCAUGGAUUCCAGGAGCCACAACAGAAUGUGGAGGUGAUGGGCUUCCUUAAUGCUGUGUUUGAGAGACUGAAACAAUUCCUAGAAUGCAGUCGGCAGGUAGGCCCAGAGAGCCCGUGUCGGGAGAAACUGGAGAAAACUACAAUUCUCUACACUAAAGUGCUGUUGGAUUUCCUGGAGGUCCACCCGUGCGCGUUCAUCCCCCUGAUUCAGCGCUCGCUGGAGUUUGCCGUCAGCUACGUGUUCACUCCGGCCGGCGAGGGCCUGGCCUUCGAGCGCUUCACUGUCCAAUGCAUGAACCUCAUCAAGACCAUCGUCAAGAACGACGCCUACAAACCGUGCAAGAACAUGGAGGACAGUAAGCCUGAGAGUCUGGAGGCCCACAAGAUCAAGACGGCUUUCUUCACACACCCCACUCUCACGGAGAUCGGGCGGCGUCUCGUUUCCCACUACUUCCUGUUGACCGAGGAAGAGCUAGCCAUGUGGGAGGAGGACCCAGAGAGCUUCGCUGUUGAAGAAACGGGGGGUGAUUCCUGGAAAUACAGUUUACGGCCUUGUACAGAAGUGUUGUUCUUGGACAUCUUCCACAACUACAGCCAGACUCUAACACCAGUGCUACUGGAGAUGGUGCAGAAUCUACAAGGUCCCACCAACGUGGAGGAUCCGGUUCAGCUGCUGAUGAAGGAUGCAGUGUAUAAUGCGGUGGGGCUUGCUGCGUACGAGCUCUUCGACAAUGUUGACUUUGACCAGUGGUUCAAGAAUCAGCUUCUCUGCGAGCUGCAAGUCAGACACAACAGGUACAAGCUGAUUCGCCGACGGGUCAUCUGGCUCAUAGGUCAAUGGAUAUCGGUGAAGUUUAAAUCGGAUCUACGGCCGCUGCUCUACGAGGUUAUCCUUAGCCUCAUGCAGGACCCAGACCUAGUGGUGCGGAUCGAGACGGCAACUACACUGAAGCUCACUGUCGACGACUUUGAGUUCCGGACAGAACAGUUCUUACCGUAUCUGGAGUCUAUAUUCAGCUUGCUUUUCCAGCUCUUGCAGCAAGUCAAUGAGUGUGACACCAAGAUGCAGGUUCUCCACGUCAUCUCCUGUGUCAUCGAGAGGGUGAGCAUCCAGAUACGGCCAUAUGUAGGGUGUUUGGUCCAAUACCUGCCUCUGCUCUGGAGACAGUCAGAGGAGCACAACAUGCUGCGCUGUGCCAUCCUCACCACGCUAAUUCAUCUGGUGCAGGGCCUGGGGGCUGAGAGUAAGAACCUCUAUCCGUUCCUGCUUCCAGUGAUCCAACUGAGUACUGAUGUCUCACAACCACCACAUGUGUACCUGCUGGAGGACGGACUGGAGCUCUGGUUGGUGACAUUAGAGAACAGUCCAGCCAUCACCCCAGAGCUUCUGAGAAUCUUCCAGAACAUGCCGGCUCUCCUGGAGCUGAGCUCAGAGAACCUGAGGACGUGUUUCCAGAUUGUCAACGCCUACAUCUACCUGUCCGCCUCUGACUUCCUGCAGAGCUACGCUGAAGGCCUGUGCAAAUCCUUCUGUGAUUUACUGAAAGAUAUCACCAACGAGGGACAGGUGCAAGUGUUAAAGGUGGUGGAGAUAGCUCUAAAGGUUAGCCCUGUGUUAGGAGCCCACAUGUUCCAGCCCCUGCUGCCCUCUGUGUUCCGGGGGGUUGUGGAUGGAGAGAGGUACCCGGUGGUGAUGUCCACCUACCUGGGAAUUAUGGGAAGAGUCCUGCUGCAGAACGCUAGUUUCUUCUCUGUCCUCCUGACGCAGAUGGCCGGCGAGUACAACCAGGAGGUGGGCCAGUUGUUGGGUGUUGUCAUAGAGAUGUGGGUGGACCGCAUGGACAACAUCACCCAGCCGGAGAGGAGGAAGCUGUCAUCCCUGGCCCUGCUGUCCCUCCUGCCCUCUGAUAACAGCGUGGUCCAAGAGAAAUUCUGUGGCAUCGUCAACAUCUGCGUGGAGGCGCUGCACGACGUGAUGACCGAAGACUCGGACACGGGAACCUUCAAAGACUGUAUGCUGAUGAGCCAUUUGGAGGAGCCCAAACUGAGCGACGAUGAGGAGCCUCCCACGGAACAGGACAAGAGGAAGAAACUGCUGGCCUUGGAGGACCCGGUUCACAGUGUGUCCUUACAGCAGUACGUAUAUGAAAAGCUGAAGGCACAGCAGGCAUUGAUGGGUGACCAGGGCUUCGGGGCUCUCAUGGAGACUGUGGACACAGAGAUUGUCAGACAGCUGCAGGAGUUCCUACAGGGCCUCUGAAGAGGAGAGAUGGAGAGAGAUUACGGCAUCGGCAUCUUCCUAUCGCCUCCCUUUCCAUUGAUGAACAUCAAAGCAUCUCUUGACAUCUCUCUCUCUUGGCAUCUCUCUCUCUUGGCAUCUCUCUCAAGGCGUUUGAGGACAGGAGACCGGAAGGACCUCAACCUGUCCCCCCUCUUAGGCGUGUCCACCUCACCUUCCCUGUCGCUGACCUUUCCUAUAGGACACCGAAGAGGGAGAACAGCAACCAGAACCCUCUUCUAUCUCGUUAUUCUCCUGUCCUUUUCCCACAAACCCCUUUCCACCUAGUAACUUAAACCUAGCUAGAACCUAGCUCACUCUCAAUCUACUCUAAAACAUACACACUAAAACCUUUUUAGAGCUUCCAUUUGAACCGUCAGUCUCAAGUUUCAGCUUGAGGUAAAUGAAUAAGAGAGAUGUUUGGGGGAGGAUCAACAAGAUGCAAAGACAACCUGCUAACCGGGCAGAAGACUUGGAUUCAUUUAGAUUUUUCUCUAACGGUAAAUUGUGCGAGGCGUAAAGUGAAUGUGGCUUUGCCUCAAUCGAAGGACUCGAGCAGUGUUUACAGAUCUAUUCUUGAAGGCGAAUAGCGAGCAGAUGUGUAAUUUUGUAUGGAUGUAAAGUACGGAUGACUCUGCAUGAAGAUAUUUUACUUUUUUAGUUUGGCUAGUUUAUUUCAUUGUGUUUGGGAUCCCCCCGGUCAUCAUGUUGACACGACCACUUAUGCGGACAAGUUUUUGGGGGUUUAUAUUUUCAUAUCAUCGGAUGAUUCAUUCAGUUUGUUAACUGCAAGAUGAGAGCAAUUUUCAACAAAUGGUUUGUAAUAGUGCUGAACCACAUUUCUACAUAAUAUGCUGCUGCUAUUUUACAGUCUGUCAAAGCACCAAAAAAAAAAAGAAAACAUGGAAAAAGGUUUGUCAUGGUUCUUCAUUUCUUAUGGUUGUAGCAAGAUGGCGGCAAAAACGGGAACAUUGAAGCAGGACGAAAAUUUGGUUCAGCAAAUUCACCCUAAUCCAUACCUGAACCAGUAGGACUGGAAAAACAAUCAGAUCAGAGUCAUGGGAUUAUAUUAACUCUUCAUACUUUGUUUGAAAUGCAAUUUAGUGAUAGCCACGACUUUCAUAAAUGCAGCAUGAUUUAAAUGAUGUUUUGGAGAGAAACUUUAGGUUGCAGUUUAUUUCUUGGUUUUCACUUAGUAACAGGAAUUCUUGGUUUUAACUUAGUUACAUGGUAACUGUACAUGUAUAUUCAUGUAAUUGAGCAGAUGUUCCGAUCCAGAAUGACUUACAGUAGCAAAUGCAGAUAUUUUCAGAC